AUCCAAUUGAGGGUGAAAGAUAUUAUCUUCGCAUGCUACUCCAACAUGUAAGAGCUCCAACAUCGUUUGCCAGUCUAAAAUUUAUAGAUGGUUAUACAGCAUGCAUCCACAUUCCGAGAAGGUGCAGAGAGAAUGGGGCUUCUAACAGAAAAUGCUGCUGCUGAUGUUUGCCUUGAAGAGGCUGUGAUGUAUCAAAUGCCAAGUAGUUUGCGGAGAUUAUUCGCGACACUAUUUGUGUUUUGUGACAUUCCAAAUCCAAGAGAGUUAUGGGCUAAAUACAAAAAGUAUCUAUAUGAAGAUUUUUCGCAGGUACACAUCUACACUCCAUUGGAAAUGGAAACAAUGACACUAAAACUUAUUGGAGAUAUUACUGAAGCACUUGGAAAAAGUAUUCUCACAUUCAACCUAACAGAAUGUGCCAUACCCUUAACAGUUGCGGAAAUUCAAGCACGAGAAUUAAGAGCAGAAUACAACAUAAAUAUAAGCGAGCAAGAUCUUCAAUGCGCUCAGAUUCUCAAUCGCAGCCAACAGAUUGCAUUUGACUCUAUUAUGAAGAGUGUGACAGCCAACAAACCUACAGUGUUUUUCGUAGAUGGCCCUGGUGGCACCGGAAAAACGUUUUUGUACAGAGCAUUGCUUGCAACCAUCCGGAGCAAAAAAUGGAUAGCUUUAGCUACUGCAACAUCAGGCAUUGCUGCUUCUAUUCUUCUUGGAGGCUGCACGGCACAUUCUAUGUUUAAAUUACCGUUGGAUGGAAAUGAUAGAUACACCUGCAACAUUGGUAAGCAAAGUGCAAUAGCAACAUUACUUAAAGAAGCACGAAUCAUCAUAUGGGAUGAAAUUACAAUGGCUAAUCGCGGAAUUAUAGAGGCAUUGGAUUUAACACUUAGAGAUAUCAUGUCCUCCAAUGACCUAUUCGGAGGAAAAGUCAUUGUUUUCGGAGGAGAUCUACGUCAGACACGUCCUGUUGUCAGGAAUGGAAACAGACAAGACUGUAUAAAUGCAUGUAUCGUAAAAUCAUCUCAUAUUUGGCCAAAGAUGAUACGCCUAACUUUAGAAGAAAAUGUUCGGGCGCAAGGAGAUCCCUCUUUUUGUGAGUAUUUAAUGGACAUCGGAAAAGGGUCAACGCCAACUAUAGGUUGUACAAACAUCAAAAUCCCACAACAAUUCCUUGUUCGUACCCCCGACAGUUCAGAUUUGUUAUCGUCCCUGAUCACAGCUGUUUACCCAAACUUGAACCUUUUUCAAGAGGAUCCAUAUACGUUGAUGGGGAGAAUAGUAUUAACUACUACAAAUGAGUACGUCGAUGAAAUCAACACGAUCAUAAUUGGAAAAUUCCCUGGAGAAUCAAAAACCUUGCUGAGCUAUGACGUACCACUAGAUGAGAAAUACAAAAAUUGCCAAGAUUUGUUGCACACGUUAUCAUUUCCAGGUCUACCACCCCACACAUUAGUUCUAAAAAAGAAAUGUCCAGUAAUUCUUCUGCGCAAUCUAAACCCGUGUGAAGGCCUAUGUAAUGGAACGCGCUUAAUUUGUGAUGCAUCUCACGAUCAGCUGAUAAGUUGUUUCAUUGCUUUUGGUGAAUAUAAGGGAAAGCAUGUCUUCAUACCAAGAAUUCCACUUGAGAUGUCUAGAGAUGAACGUUGCGCAAUCCCAUUUAAGAGAACUCAAUUUCCCGUCAAACUCUGCUUUGCAAUGACAAUAAAUAAAUCACAGGGUCAGACACUCGAAUUCGCAGGAAUCUUUCUUAGGCGACCAGUCUUAUGUCAUGGACAACUAUACGUUGCAAUGUCGCGGGCCAAAAAUGCUGCCUCCAUCAAGAUGCUUAUCUAUGAUGAAAUAGAUAAUUCGAAGACCACAAAUGCUACCGCAAACAUAGUGUACAGUGAAAUCAUUGAAUACCUUACAUAGGAAAGCACUAGGUUUAUUGAUUUUAAAUGCAUUUCGUUGCGCAUUAAUUAUAUUUUAAAGUCCAUGUCGCCUAUUCAAAAUUUAAUUUCAUUACAAACUAAUAUACUACAUUCACUUUUUUCAGAACAAUGGAUGCAAAUCAAGAUAUUACAGACGU